GCAAAACAAUUUGAAGUUGGAUCAGAUAUUCCCGGCUUACCUUUUCGCACAAAGAAGUCAUGGGCAGGCAAUAUUGAAAUCCCCGAUACCGCCACGGUAAAGAAUGGAUCGUUGAAUUUUUGGCUUUGGGGUAAAGAUGCUCAUGAACCUGGUGAUGAUAUCAUUUUUUGGAUGAAUGGUGGUCCUGGCUGUAGCAGUCUCAUUGGAAUGGCCGGUGAAACAGGUCCUUUCAUCUUUGGACCAGAUGGACCAAAACCAAAUCCUUAUUCUUGGACUACCGCAGCAACAAUGGUCUAUGUUUCGCAGCCUGUCGGUGUUUCUUUUACAACCGGUAUCAAUAAUAAUACCAAUGAAGCACAAAUUAGCGAACAACUUGCGUUAUGGUUAUGGAAAUUCUUUUAUCAUUUCGUUGAAUUGUUUGAUAAAAAUGUUUAUAUUGUUGGGGAAUCGUACAUGGGAAGAUAUGCGGCUUGGCAAUUUGACGCUUUUCACAAAAAUCCGGCUGGCGAUACACCCAGAAUGCUAAAAGGUGGGAUGCUCAUCUCUCCUGCUUUUUCUGAUUUCACUGUUCAAUUGGAUACAGCCACCUAUGAUUUCGCCAAGAAGAAUCAAAAAGUGUUAAAUUUCACCAAUCAGGAUCUUGCAUCGGUGAAGAAUGAAUCGGAUACUUGUAAUUUGACCAACUUCAUUCAUGAUCAUCUCACUUAUCCACCAAUGGGACGCCUACCUACUCCGGACGAUCAGUGUUACACAUUUGAUACUUACAUGGAAACAGCACAAGAAAAGAAUCCAAAUUUCAAUAUGUACAAUAUCAAACAGCCAAAAACGGAUUCCGAUCCAAAUACUCAACUGGUAAAGUUCUUCAAUCGGACUGAUGUUCAAGACUAUAUUCAUGCACCACGUCAACACUUCGAACUUUGCAAGAAAGUCUUUAACGAUGAUAACCAAGAUUCUUCUGAACCGCCAGAUCGAACACCUUCCUUUGCACAUUCAAAUUUUGCCAGAAUGAUUGAAAGAAGUAGAAAAUUUAUCAUCAUGAAUGGAAUGCAAGAUGGUUUGGUGUUAACUGCAGGAACUGAGUUGGCAUUGCAAAAUUUGACUUGGGGUGGAGCACAGGGAUUCAAUUUACCUCCCGUUUUUCCAAUGUGCGAUAUGGAAGGUAAUGUUCGAGCAUACGCCACGGAUAAUGAGCGUGGAUUACGAUUCAUGGUUGCUCCAAAUGCCGGACAUAUGGUCCCAGCAGAUGAGCCUUCUCUGGUUUUGAAUGUUGUGUUAAGCAUGCUUGGUCGC